AUGUUGCAAUACCCGCCCACCCACUCUAACACAAAACCACCAGCAGACCAUCACACCACAUAUGGCUCAAUUCGAUGUUCACGAGAACCGACGAGCCCCUCGCCCGAACUCGAAACCAUAUGGUUCAAUACCUCCAGCUCCAUUCCCUACAGUCCAACCAGUGAAGUAGGCCAGCCCUGGAUCCAAGACAAGCACAAGCCCAUCGGCCCAAAGCACAAACAGAUCAUGAUAAGUCCCCAUUUCCCCUUAAACCCGGAAGAAGUGAUCCGGGAUCUCCCGGGAGAACUGCAACUGUUCGAGCUUGUGAAGCGCGUGGCUCGUGCGGGAAUCGAUCUCGAGGCUCUGGGUAAGCUGACAGUGAGACUUUUGUACCGGCGUGAUGGUUUUUGUCGUCGGCUUGUGACGGAGCUUGUUGAUGGGGGGGAGUCGUUGGAGAAGAUUGGGGAUGCGUUGCUGCAGUAUUAUAAUAUUCGGGAUUGUGAUGGGUUACCGCUUUGGGUGUAUGCUGACAGGUACUAA